UUGGAAACUUGCUCUCAGUCUUGGUCGUGGAUCCGAGCCGGUGCUGUUCUCCGCCUCGCUCUCUGUCCCGCGCUUUUCCGCUAUCGUUUUCUCCGUGUCUCGCGUGUUAUGUGCCUUUGUGGCAUUUGUGCUAGUGUUAUGUUCGAUAUCACCAGAAAAGACCUCGCAACAUGUUGGCGCUGUUGGCUUGGCUACAAAUUCAUAAUUCCAAACAAACUUAUUGACGGUUUUUGGUGCGCGAGUUUCGUGAUUUAGUGCGCGUUAACCUGGAAAUUUUUGCCAAACUAUGCUCUUAUUGAAAAGGUAGUAGUACUCAACGGUAUCAGAUGACACUUCGCGUGUCUCAAAGUGACGUAAAACUCCGGAAUUCAUCCUCUUUUGUGAAUUUCAAGUAGUUUCCUCCAAUUUAACUCUGAUUUUCGCCACCAUUUUUCGACGUAUCUUGCAGAUAAGCAAUUAUUGCAGAUAGCAUUAAUAUUGUGACCUUUCCUCCGUUUUUCCUCACCACCCUCAAGUGCCCUCAUUCCAAAUGGUGGUUAUCGUUUUCCGGUCGCUCGCCAACCGCAGUGCGUUGUAUUUACGCUUAUGUCAACUUCUAACCAAUCGUGUUCCGAUUACGUUUCUUGCCUAACACUCACAAAUAUCAACAUCAUUCCUAGUUAUUUUAAAACCGUCGGAAUUUCAAGUACUCAGCUCAGUGCUAACGCCGACGUAGUUGAUACACGAAAUAGUGCAACGAGUUAUCAACCGAUCCAGAAUUAGCGCAUCAAGUUGCCUACAGAUCUGGGGAUAGUGCGUCAAAUUGCCUACCGAUCAAGGCGUUCGUUUCGGAUGGAAUUUCUGCGUGUAGUGCACGUGAGGAUUUAUGAACGUGAGGAGGGACUCAGCUAGCGACCACGCGGCGAUCCCCAGGAUUGAAUAAUGAUUAUGCCCGAGUGUGUUAGUCCUUGCAGCCCGAUGUUGGCACUCUGCGCUCCGACUAAAGUCAUGCUCGGCAUCGGCACUGCUCUCUCGUCUGCCCUGUCCGCCGCUGAAAGGAGGCAUUCCACUGCUCUCGCUCAGUGGUUCCACGGUCAUCUCUCAGGGAAGGAAGCGGAGCAGCUGAUAUUGGACAAGGGGAAGAAUGGUAGUUUUUUAGUUCGAGAAUCUCAAAGCAAACCGGGUGAUUAUGUCCUAUGUGUGAGGACAGACGACAAAGUUACGCACGUUAUGAUAAGAUGCAAAGAUAAUCGAUACGACGUAGGCGGUGGUGUCAAAUUCGAUAGUUUAUCUGAGUUAAUAGAGCACUACAAACAUAAUCCAAUGGUGGAAACCAGUGGCACUGUCGUUCAUCUCAAGCAACCGUUCAAUGCAACUAGGAUUAAUGCAAGCGGUAUAGAUGGCCGCGUCAAAGAAUUACAGAAAGAAAAUGUGCAGUUAACAGGCAAAGCAGGGUUCUGGGAGGAAUUUGAAUCUCUCCAGCAUCAAGAAAGCAAACAUUUGUUCACCCGCAAAGAGGGACAAAAACCCGAAAAUAGAAACAAAAAUAGAUAUAAGAAUAUUUUACCAUUUGACCAUACUAGAGUCAAACUAAAGCACGUUGAUCAAAAUGUUCCUGGUUCUGAAUAUAUCAAUGCUAAUUAUAUCAAAGAUGAAGAAGGUGGCCGUAGCUACAUAGCAACACAAGGGUGCUUACCAAGCACGAUGGCAGACUUUUGGCAAAUGGUGUGGCAGGAAAAUACAGCUGUAAUUGUGAUGACUACCAAAGAAAUGGAAAGAGGCAAAAGUAAAUGUGCAAGAUAUUGGCCAGACGAAGGAAGGUCUAAAGAAUAUGGAAAAAUUGCUGUGAAACACAUAUCUCAAUCAUCUACCAUUGAUUAUACGCUUCGAGAAUUUUUAGUUAGUUUUGAGCAAGAAGAUAGAAAAGUUUACCAUUACCAUUUUCAGGCUUGGCCAGACCAUGGAGUGCCAUCUGAUCCAGGCUGCGUUCUCAAUUUCCUCCACGAUGUAAACGCUCGGCAAGAUUCUCUGAUGGGAGCAGGACCAAUAAUAGUCCACUGUAGUGCCGGGAUAGGCAGAACUGGAACUUUCAUUGUGAUUGAUAUGAUUCUAGAUCAAAUAAAGCGUCAAGGCCUAGAUAGUGAAAUAGAUAUCCAACGUACCAUUCAAAUGGUCAGAUCUCAACGAUCUGGAAUGGUGCAAACAGAAGCGCAGUAUAAAUUUGUUUACUUGGCUGUCCAACAGUACAUCCAAACAGUUUCUCAGCGCAUGCUUGCACUCCAGAAGAGCAUGCAGUUAGGGCGAGAGUACACGAAUAUUCGGUACUCAACAGAAACAACUCCUCCAAUCAGUGUAACUGAUACCAUUGCUCGCUCUAUUUCAACAUCGGGUUUUCCUCUCUCACCAUCACGCUCAACCACAUCUUUGCACACACCAAUCCACAAUAGUAAAUUAUCACCAGGAAAAUCCUCACUAGAUGCGCAUUUACCUAGGCCACCAGAAGAUAUUCCAAAGCAGAUCUAUGAGAAUAUCCCUCUAAAGGAAAACGUAGUAUCAACAAAUUCGUACAACAUCGGGCCACCUCCGCCUGUUUUUGCACCCCCUCCUCCUCCUCCUCGAAAAAUAUAACGCUUAAUUUUGCUGAACAGCAUUUUUAUAACUGUUAGCCAGUAGAAGUGCGCAGGGGUUCUCCUGCGUCUGGUUUUCACGCACCAUUUGCUCUGUGAUUUAUAGUCAUUAUGUAACUAAAAGCACUUGGAGCUUGGAAAAUUUCUCCCCUUUCAAUUUAAAUUCAUAGUAGAUUCCUCGUAAAUCUAUGUAAGCAUUGCCAAUGGCUCUCAGGUUAUUAUCAUCCUUAUUUUAUGAAGCAAAAAUGAAUAUUUUAGAAUCUCUUGACUCCUGCUGAAACAAACAAACAAAUUUUUUUUGAGAGAAUUGCAAGACUAGCAACUUUCUAAGUUAAUCUCAAGACUGCUAGAUUUAAUUUUUGUAUUUUGAUUUGCAGUCAGCAAAUUAAGUAAUAUCAAAAUCAGGCAUUGAAUAAUGGCAUUUUUAUAUGAACUGUACA